GCUUCCCAUUUCUCAGUGCCUCAAAUCUCUUUCUUCCAUUCCUUUGGGCACUUCAUUUCCCUUCAAGCUAUUUCCUUUCCUCUCUUCUACCACUCACUCGUUUCAAGAUGGAUCCUCCAACCGGACCACCCGGGAAAAAAAGGAAGAUCUCAAAAUCCCAAGGCAUUCCAUCUUUUGAUUCCCACCGGUUCCUUACAGAAGAUCACCAACAAUGGUACGCCGUAGUCGAGAACCGGAACUUAUUACCGGAACGAAAGGUUGUUUUACAAACAGGUGAACACGAAGAGUUUCAACAAGAGCUCCAGAGGCGAAAAUGGAUCAAAUUGACGAAAUACGCGGCUCAUGCAAAUGUAGCCGUUGUAAAAGAAUUCUAUGCCAAUGCAAUGUUGCUCAAAGCAGGAGAUCCAACCUUCAAAAGCUUUGUCAGAGGCAAAGAGAUAUCCUAUAGUGGCCGAGUCAUUAACCGUUUCCUGGGUACGGAACUAAAUUUGGGUCCAUCAGGCUGUCAAUAUGUUGAAUGGUGCAAUAAGAAAAAGGACUACUUGAAGGUGGCUGAAAAACUGUGCAAGCGUGGGGCAGACUAUGUAACUAGUGCAGCAGGCCACAAACGGAGAAUUUUGAGAGGCGAUUUGGUUCCCUUAGCGCAGAUAUGGACGUCUUUUCUGCAUUCCAACAUUUCUCCUUGUUCUCACACCUCAGAUAUCACUGAGAGGAGAUCCCAAAUGGUAUAUGCUAUUAUGGCUGGAUUAUCCAUGGAUGUUGGAGCCAUCAUUGCUCAGGAGAUUCAUUUGACAGCAACCUCAGGCAGUACUGGUCAGCUGAGUUUCCCGUCUCUAAUCACCGAGCUUUGUCGCAGGAUAGGAGUUGAUGUCUCAGAGCCACCUUUCCAAAAACCUCGGCAGCCUAUUAAUGCCCAGUUCAUUUUGAAAAACUGUAUGGGAAGUGAAACUCGUGCUCCCUUAGUGAGAGCUGCGCCUCCUGCUGUACCUGGUAGCAUCCCUCAUCGACUCGGGCUAUUAGAGACUGAUCAGCAAUUGAUCCACCAGAAGUUGGAUGCCUUGUACCGUUCCCAGGUUUUGAUGAUGAGCAGCAUACGGAGCCUCAUACCUGGCAUUUCUCAGGACUCAUUUCAUUUUCCAUCUGCAGAGGAGUUUGAUUCCAAUGUCGCAUGGCCGAAACAUCCUGAAAAGCAGGAUUCUAUUGAGGAAACAGAUGAGCAUGCGGUUGAGAAGGAGGUGGAUGAGCCUGCUGAGGAGGAGGGGGUGAGGAUGCUGUUGAUGCUAAGGAAGAAGAGGAUGAGCACCUUGGAGACUAGGAGGAGAGGUGGUGCAAGCCAAGGUGAAGGCAAGCAGGGGCCUACGUCUUUGGCCUGUAGAAAAAACUCUGCAGAAGCUGUAGAAGGGAUUAGUGUAGAUCCUGUGACUUUAGCUGUAAGGGGUAAUGAGCAGCAGGAAGGAUUUCCUGGAGGACCAUCAGACCCUUCUUUACUGGUUAGUUAUGUUGAUCACGUGGCAUAUAGACUAUGGGACGGCGAGGAUCGAGGAGAAUUGAAAUUAGUCUCCCAUGGUCGUAAAUUGAGUAAAUUCGGGAUUUAUGAUCCUCAUAUUGAGGCAUAUGUACUUAAUUCUGGUUUAUUGCCUUUGUGCUACAUAAGUUAUGAGACAGCUGAUAAGGGAUUGAUAUCAGCAUUUGUGGAGAGGUGGCAUCGAGACACGAACAGCUUUCAUCUCCCAGUUGGUGAAAUGAGCAUAACAUUAGAUGAUGUGUCGGCACUGCUUCAUAUCUCCAUUGUGGGACAAUUUUGUACAUAUGAGCAGCUGGAAUUUGCCGCUGCGGCAAUAGUUUUGGUGGACUUGUUGGGAGUUGAGCAUGAAGAUGCGACCUCAGAAAUGAGACAUUGUCGUGGGGCACAUGUAAGACUUAGUUGGCUACGAGAGGUUUACGAGGAAUCAUGUGUCCAACAGCGUUGGGAAUGCGCAGCACGAACAUACUUGUUGCAUCUUGUAGGAUGUACUAUAUUUGCUGAUAAGAGUGCGACUUCCAUUAGUGUGUCAUACCUACUACUAUUUAGGAAUCUGAGAAUGUGUGGCAAAUAUUCAUGGGGAGCCGCUGCAUUGACACACAUGUACGAGCAGUUAGGUGAUGCAUGCUUUGCAAAAACGAAACAAUUGGGUGGUUAUGCCACGCUUGUCCAGGCUUGGAUAUACGAGCACUUUCCAGGGAUGGGAAAUAGAGACAUCGUCCCAGCAUAUCAAGAAGUUCAACCGCGAGCUGCACGAUAUGUUACCAGACGACAUAUCUCUACCGUUAGAGUGGUUAGGUUGCAGUUAGAUAAUUUGACCCAUGCUGGAGUCAUAUGGAACCCUUAUGAAGCGCAUAGGAUCACUCAACCCUUCGAGUCAAUUACGCUCUUUUCUGGUUUCAUUCGUUUGGGUGCGUCUUUGCAUCGUCAUAUGCCGGAGCGAGUCUUGCGACAAUAUGGCUACGAGCAGACUGUUCCGAGAUCUCCCACGACGAUUGAUAGUGUUGACUUGACUAUCAUUGAUGAACGGUGGUUACACUUGGCAGACCACCUAGUGACAGGGAUGAUACCGGCUACCUCAGCGUCUGCUUGUGCUGACGGUUACAUGAAUUGGUAUAAGAGUGUGUCACACCCUUACAUACUUUCUAGUGGAAAGGAAGGUCGACCCAGUGUCUUACCACGCCAACAUUGUCAUAGCUCAGAUGAAGGAGGUAGACUCACACCACCACAGCAUGAGCAUGCUUGUUUGGACAUAUUUAGUCGCAUCGCGAACGAGUUACAAAAGAUGAUUGAUUGCGGUGAGGUGACUGAAGGAAGUCCAGCAUGGGUUGGGACCCAAACAUCACUACAAUUAGCCCGUGAUGUCAUUGAUAACAAAACGAUUUGUAUUACAUGUUCUCGUAAUGUAUUUGAGCGACACGAUGAGCAUAGUAGUUAAAUUUGACUUGUUUUGUAUAUUUAAGUGUUGUAUAA